AUGACCGAAUCAACCCAUCUAUGGGUGGAUUUUGUAUCUUCGAGUCAAACCUACCGACGGUUAAGGGGACUUAAGGAAAGAGGCUGGAAAAACCAAGACGGAGAUCGAUUCUUUGAAGAACGAAGGAAAACCGCAUCGAACCCAACCCAAAGCAAAAAAGAAAGCUUCUAUCAAAUGACCUGCCAUAUCGGAUCGGGACUGGCGGAAGGGACGGAUAUAUUCAAAUUAAAACCUCCCGGGCUCAAGGUGCUUGAUCUCUGUAUGGCACCAGGUGGGUUCACAACGGCAGCCGCGGACAACCUCUUGGAGCCACUGAUCGACGGAAUAACGCUCCCGCCCCAGAUCGGGGACUAUGAAGUGCUAGCGAAGAGACAUUGUCAGAGAAUCAUCUAUGCUGAUAUCACGAUGUAUCUCACGGAAAUGGGAUACGAGGGAACUAUUCCUAAUGGACAUCCGGAUGCGAACCAUUUCGACACAAGUCGGCCCCUACUUGAUAAUACAUAUGAUAUCGUCAUCUGCGGAGGAGCUGUUGGUCGAGAUCAUCCUAGGGAGGAAUACCGCCAAGACUGUGAAGGAACACGGUUGACAGUUUCGCAAAUGGUGUUCGCGAUGAACCAUCUCAAAACCGGCGGUUCUAUGGUCCUACUUCUGCAUCGCGUUGAGGCAUGGGAUACUGUUUGCAUACUUCAUGCUUUCAAUCAGUUUUCUGAAAUCCAGCUUUACAAACACCCCAAGUGUCAUGCUAUCAAAUCGUCUUUCUAUCUAGUUGCGAAGAACGUCGAUUUGGAACACCCCGUUGCAAAGCAAUCGGUGUCGCAUUGGAGAAAUCUUUGGGGAUAUCUGACCUUCAAGGAGUUUGAGGAUGUCCCGCUUCCUGAUUCAAAACUUGAUGGAUCAGAUGUCGCUUUUGUUCAAAGCAUGAUAGACGACUUUGGUCCUCAAUUUCAGAAGAUUGCGCAGCCUGUCUGGAAAUGCCAGGCGAAAGCAUUGCGCAAGCAGCCAUUUACAAAAUAG